AUGAUCACCGAAGCUCUGGUGGUGGCCAAACCCGGCGCACCUUUCAUAUACCAACAAGUCGAGCUCAACGACGUGCUCUGGCCCGACGAAGUGGAAGUCCGUAUCAAGGCCACCGGCGUCUGCCACACAGACUUGAACUUUGCAAAAGAAAAGACCAUGCCGGAGCUGUUUCCCGCGGUCUUGGGGCAUGAGGGCGCUGGCGUCGUCGAACGCAUCGGGGCCAAUGUUACCAGGGUCUCUCGUGGAGAUCACGUUAUUGUCUGCUACAGUUGCUGUGGAAAUUGCAAGUAUUGCCUACGCAAGGAGUCUUCCUACUGUGACCUGUGGUUUCAGUACAACUUCGGCAUUGGGCGAUUGGACGGAUCCAAGGCUUUCUCGUCCACGAGCGAUGGAAGGCGGAUUAGUUCCCACUUUUUCGGGCAGAGCAGUUUUGCGAAAAACAUUCUUGUAUCGGAGAAUGGGCUUGUCAAGGUCGACAAGCACAUUCCCUUUGAGAAGUUGGCGCCCUUGGGAUGUGGGGUGAUGACGGGCGCUGGAGCGAUGCUGAACGUGGUCAACCCGACAUCGGACAUGUCGGUCGCCGUGGUAGGAGCUGGGGCGGUCGGACUGUCAGCAAUAAUGGCGCUGAAACUGCUCCAGUUUCCUCCCAAGAGAAUCAUUGCCGUCGACAUCGUCCCAGCCCGCCUUGAGAUGGCUCGAUCGUUUGGUGCCACUCAUGGAGUGAAUGCAAAGGUCCGACCCAAUCUCAUGAAGGUUCUUAUGGACAUCACCCGUGGACGAGGGGUGGACGGAGCCAUUGACACGACCGGAAGACCAGAGGUUGUGAAGGGACUCAUACAUAGUGCCGCACGGAAAGGGAAAGUGGUGACUGUCGGUGUAGGCGAGCUCUCAGCCGAGGCCUCCCACAAUAUGUUCGAGAUGGUGCAGGCGGGAUGCAGCUACGUGGGAUGCAACCAAGGGGAUUGCUAUCCUCAAGAAUUCUUGCCCGAGUUGUUGACAGCACACCAGCUGGGGAAGUUUCCCUACGACCAGUUGAUCAAAACAUAUGCCGCCGAGGAGGCGGAGCAGGCGGCAAAGGAUAUUUAUAGUGGCAAGACGGUCAAAGCGGUGUUGCUGUGGGAUUGA